AUGACUCUUGGAAAAAAUAAUAAAAUGAUGGCUCAUUUGAACCAUCGAAUGAGAGUAAUUUUUCAAGAUAGCCGAGUUUUUAUUGGAUAUUUCAAAGCUUUUGAUAAACAUAUGAAUAUCAUAUUAGUAGAUUGUGAGGAAAUUCGUAAGAUUAAAGCAAAAAAUGGUCAAAAAACAGGUGAUAGAGAGGAGAAAAGAGUUCUUGGAUUGGUUCUUCUUCGAGGUGAACAAAUUGUUUCAAUGAAUGUUGAUGGUCCACCAGCAAGAGAGGAUGAUCCACUUAAAUUUUUACGAACAGCUGGUGCACGUGGAGGACCAGGAGUGGCAAAUCCAGCUCAAAGACCUAUGGGUAUGCCGGGAGUUGUUCCACAACAACCUGUACCUGGACUUCAAGGACCUGUAAGAGGAAUGGGAGGCCCUGCCCCACCAAUAAUGCAACCACAAUUUAUACCACCCCCAAUUGGACAAUUACCACCAGGUCAAUUACAACCAGGACAAAUUCCACCAGGACAGAUUCCACCUGGUCAAUUGCCACCCGGUCAAAUACCACCAGGUCCACCACAAAAUCAAAAUUUCUAA